CUACGUCCGAGGACAGCUCUGGGGCCCUGCAGAUUCAUAUAAUUCUUCAACUGAGAGAGCCUUAUCGGGCGAGCCUCUGGGCCCGAAAAGUGGCAUUGUCUGACCACAAGGACUCCUAUCUCAUCAGGUACCUAGCGAGCUAGGCGUACAGCUCAGCGGGACUGAGGAGGCGUUACUUUCACUCCCCUGUAACCCAUCGUCAAUAUACAGUGUGCAUGAGUGACUUGGAAGGCGUGUUAUCCCCAGGUCAGACCUCACAAUUCUUCUCGCGCCCACAGUCUCGUCUCGCCUUCCCUUCAGUGCGACCGGAUCUUUACUCCCAACUUGACAAUCAUCUGUCACGGCCAACCACCUACUGCUUCGGAAUACUUGGCUUCGCUCUAAAACUAGCUAUCUCAUCCAUUCGUGUCCAUGCGAUAAGGCAGAAGUGAAGGAUUUAAAUGCCGCAGCGAUAGCGUGGCAGGUGCUUUCCAGGUCUUAUCAUCUUGGGCAAGGCUUGGAGAUUAUGUGAUGAAAAUCCAACAGUAACCAUCAGUUAUACACUGACGAACCAAUACUGGCACACAAGUCAACUAAGCCUUGCGGAUGGCUCAUUAUCUCCGAAUGCGAAGGUAGACAGCCAAGUCGUCAUCUCUUUAUCAAUUGGCGACUGUAUGUCUUAUUCGCCAUGUUCUCCGCCCUGGGUCUUUUUAAAGGCAUCGCAUGCCCUCGGCAAUACGAAUGCAGCCUGCCCACCUGUAUCUUUUCGCAUGAAGCUACAACAUCACCACCAAACGUGCAUGAUCAAGUUGGAUCGGCACAGGAAUAUGACCCAUUUAGUGCAGGAGAAAUUCUCUCUCCACCGCCAAAGAGGAGACGCCUGGAGAUUCCUGAAACAGGCAAAGAUAUCGAGCAGACAGUGAACCCGGCUGCGACAAGAAGAGAUGUGGACGUACCUAGACUUUCCGACAGGAGACCUACCUCCCCGACACCAAUAGCAAUUUCGACAGUGAGAAAUGAUGGCCUUUCCAGAAAAGCCCUUCACGGCGGUGUCCGCCCCGUCACUAAGCCAACUCCCGCUUCAGUUGCAAGAACAGUAUCGCCUCCUCCGACCAGAGAUGGCAAAGCCACCACUGCAUCAGAUGGAAGGCGCCCAACCAAGGCCGAAUCACUCACCCCACGCAAUGUGGCUAGAGCUCCAGCUGUUCUGAAGACAAGACUAGCGAUACUACAAAAGUUGCAUGAACAGAUGCAGGCACAGAAUGCCAAGCUUGCUGCGAUGAAAGAUCCACGUAAAACCCUUGUCCUGAAGGAACAAGAACUGAUCACUUUUGCCCUUGAUGAAGAAGAGGCCGCCACGAAACUGGGCGAGAACAUCUACAAGAAUGCGUUGGCCCAAAAGGUGCUACGCAUCAAGAAGAUGACCACUGAUGAAUGGGUGAAAGCCGUGAGCCACUGGACUGGGACAAAAUCCAACAAUGUAUCCCAAGGAAAAGAGAGGAACACCGUGCCUGAUGAAAUCUCGACGGGUCUGGCUACUCUGAAUGAGCAAAUCGCCGUCCUCAAACAUCUACGCACACCGAUUGAAGGCCUCGAGGCAUUUGGGUACGUGACAAGCAAGCCUACGGAUAAGGACAUUGCCUCCGCGAAAGCAGGCAUUGCGGCAGCAGCAGGAUAUGAAAGCUGCGACAGAUGUGGCACUCGAUUUCAGGUGUUUCCGGGAAGAGACCAGCAUGGUCGGCUUACCAGUCAUGGAAAGUGUCGCUACCACUGGGCCAAGCCAUAUCUCGCAGGUGGAUCGAAAGCUACUCGGAUACUCGGUCAAUCCGAAGCCAUCUAUCCAUGCUGCAACAAAUCUCAAGGUAGCGAAGGCUGCUCAGAAGCAGCUACCCACGUCUUCUAUGUGAAGGAUCCAAAACGACUAGCAAGUAUACUGCAGUUCGAACAUACUCCACCAAAAGCAGAUGUCCUGAGGAGGCAACCAGUAUCAUUUGAUUGUGAGAUGGGCUACACCACGCUUGGAAUGGAGGUCAUCCGCGUCACAGCUGUCACAUGGCCAGAAAACAGACUUCUCCUCGACGUUCUGGUCCGUCCUUACGGCGAGAUCCUUGAUCUCAACACGAGGUUCUCGGGCGUCACGCCAGAGGCUUUUGCCAAUGCACCGCCACAUCAGCCGACUUCCGCAAAAGAUGUGAUUGCCUCAGCAGAGGGAGACGCACUGGCCUUGCGCAAAGUCGGUUCGCCGGCAGCAGCGAGAGAUCUGUUGUUCGAGCACUUGAGCCCGGAUACACCGUUAAUUGGUCACGCCAUCGAGAAUGAUCUUAACGUUUGCCGCCUCAUUCAUCCGUUCAUCGUCGACACGGUUCUGCUGUAUCCUCAUCCGCGUGGACUACCUAUCAGAUAUGGUUUGAGAAUGCUGAGUCAGAAGUACCUCUCUAAGUCUAUUCAAGCAGCAGGUGAAGCCGGUCAUGAUUCAAAGGAAGAUGCUGUCGCGACAGGAGAGCUAGUCGUCAAAAAGGUGGCAGAAAAAUGGGGCAAUAUGCGACGACAAGGCUGGGCUUUUGUGGAUGGGCUGCUGACGGCGCCCGACGAGAUCGAGUCCGUUGAGCCCGGAGGAUAGUCGAUGUAUAUGCUGCGAUUCAAAGAACAGACGGAAGCUAGGACUCACGGUACGCAAGUGUGGCUAGGUAGUUACUUGUAGGAUGCCCGAUGAGAUAGCGGAAGAUCUGAUUUGACUUCCAUCAAAGUGAUGGAGCAGACG